GCCAGACAAACCGGAACAAGUUUCAAUGGAUACGGAACUAGUCGAGUGUCCAGAAGAGCACCGAGACUACUGUUUAAACGGAGGACAGUGUUACAUGCUCAAGUCCGAUAGGAACGUAUUACAGUGCAGGAAAAGUCAUCUCAACAAGACUAAGAGACCCCGUCCUACUGGUGGACGCAAGCGACAAUCACGCAGUGCCCAGGGUUCAAAUUUACUCCUAGGCAGUCGAGCAGUCAGCUGUACGGAGUUUGAAGAUCGAAGUGGAUUGCACGUCAAUAAUGCGGUCACAAUUCCAGUCCCAACAGGAAGGAUGUCCAGCAAUGUGCACUCAGUGAUACAGCCUCCGGAACGCAAUCAGAUUAUGGCCUAUGGAUUGACGGGAGUUCACUUGCGUGAUACACUGGAUCCGGAGCUUGGUCCCCUGGUCCCAGCUGGUAAUGUAUCAUACAGAAAUGCCUGGAAUCAGUCGGCGACGCUAGGUCACAAAGCUUGCAGAGACUUUUUUGAUGUCAGCGAUGUCACGUAUACACCGCAGUGCGAACCUCAUAUGCUUGCGAAUAUAGCUACCCAAAUGGAUCAGGCUUACCAGGAUAACACAAUGCAACCACAGGAGAACCCUGUGCACAUUCGGAACCAGUCUGUCUGUGUGUCUGCGAUGGACGUCACACGAGUGCCACUCAUGUCACAGCAAGCAUUGU